AUGCUGCGAUCGCCAGGUUCAUGGGAUCUGAUGGAUCACAACUCGGGCAAUGCCCCCGCCUCGACCCCAGCACCUGCUCCAAUCCCAGAGACGCCUGAAGCCACCCCCCGCAAGCGCAAGCGCGAGAGUGUCAACAAGAAGAACACGAACGAGAACACCAACUGCAACGCAGAGCAGCAGAGUGAGGCUCCCGCGGCAGAUACCUCCUCUGAGAGCGCCCCGUCGUCAUCAGCUUCUACCCCAGCUCCCUCGCCAGCGGCCAAAAAAAUCAAGCUCGAGCCGGUCGAGGAAGUGGAGGAAGAGUAA